AUGUCAACUAUUAAUGUAUUAAGAUAUUCUGUAUUAGGUUUAGGUAUUGUUUAUGGUGCUUUUCAUAGAUAUUCUUUAGAAUCUUCUUACGAGAAACAAGAAUUUCAAAAAAGAUGGGCUAAUGAAGAAAAAUUAAUUAGACAAGCUAAAAAAGAAUAUUCAAGAAUUAAUGCUCCUCCAAAAGCAAAAGAUGAUAAUAAAUCUGGUUCAAUUAAUUGGGAAGAUCCAAAUUUAGAUAUUGGAAAAGCUUUAGAAUCAAUAAUUGCAAAAUUAGAUUAA